CAAAACCCUAUUUCACACUCAAAACUCGGCCCCCAAAUUUCCGAGUAAUAUACAUUAGGGUUUGGAGAUUCCAAAAGAGAAAUUAAAGAUGUCUUCCACCGGCGAACUCGCUUGCACUUAUGCUUGUUUGAUCCUUCACGAUGAUGGCAUUCCUGUUACUGCAGAGAAAAUUGGCACACUGGUGAAAGCUGCAAACUUGAAGGUGGAAUCAUAUUGGCCCAGCCUUUUUGCAAAGCUAUGUCAGAAGAUGAAUGUGGAUGAUCUUGUCAUGAACGUUGGCGCUGGUGGAGCCACCGCUUCUACCGUUGCUGUUGCUGCUGCUCCUCCUACUACUACCGGUGACGACACUGCAAUCGCACCUUCCGCCAGUGACAAGAAGAAGGAGGAAAAGGAAGAGAGUGAUGAUGAGUUGAUGUUUAGCUUGUUUGACUAGAGUCGCGGAAUGGGAUAAUUCUAAGCAUGUUGAUCUGUUUUGGGCCUUUUAGGUUUUGUCUCGAAUUAUGAUGGAAUAAUAUUGAGUAUUGGUACAGAGUGUGAAGUAUCGAAUUCUUUUAUUACAUACAAUUCCUAAUAUUUUGCUUA